AUGGGACAAGUCGAGUCCAAAAACAGGAAGCAAACAGAAAAAGAAGCCAUCUAUGCCAAAUUGGUGAUGCAUGCAGUUCGGUUGGAGAAGCACAGACCAUGUCAGGGAGGUGGGGAUUUAAGGAAAAAUAAGGGAGGUAAUGUAAACCAUGGAGGAGGUGGAGAUUUCCGAAUAGGUGGAGGGGGAGUAGGAGAUGGAGGAGGUGGAGAUUUGAAGGUAGGAGGAGGGGGAGAAGGAGAUGGAGGAGGUGGAGAUUUGAAGGCAGGAGGAGGGGGCGAAGGAGAUGGAGGAGGUGGAGAUUUAAAGGGAAAGAAAGGAGGCAAUACAAACCAUGGAGGAGGUGGAGAUUUGAAGGGAGGAGGAGGGGGCGAAAGAGAUGGAGGAGGUGGAGAUUUAAAGGGAAAGAAAGGAGGCAAUACAAACCAUGGAGGAGGUGGAGAUUUAAAGGUAGGAGGAGGGGGAGAAGGAGAUGGAGGAGGUGGAGAUUUGAAGGCAGGAGGAGGGGGCGAAGGAGAUGGAGGAGGUGGAGAUUUAAAGGGAAAGAAAGGAGGCAAUACAAACCAAGGAGGAGGUGGAGAUUUAGGGACAGGAGGAGGGGGCGAAGGAGAUGGAGGAGGCGGAGAUUUAAAGGGAAAGAAAGGAGGCAAUACAAACCAUGGAGGAGGUGGAGAUUUAGGGACAGGAGGAGAGGGAGAAGGAGAUGGAGGAGGUGGAGAUUUGAAGAUAGAUGGAGGAGGCGAGGGGGUGGAGAUGGUGAUGGAACAGGAGAAGUAUAAGGAGGCGAUGGAGAUAUUGAUGAAUCUGGUGAAAUUUUUGGAGCUGGUAUUGGUGAAGGAUGGAGACAGUGAUGGAACUUGUGAAAUCUUUGGAGGGGAUACCAGUGGUGAAGUAUUAGGAGGUGAUGGGAAUAGAAUGGGAGCUGGAGCUGGAGCUGAAGAUAGUGAUGGAACUGGUUGA